AUGAUGGAAUGCAGAGGUGCUCAGCUGGCGGAGUACGAUCUGUUCAACACGAGCAUCAAGGACCUGGAGAAGAUCUUCAACUUCCGCAUCCAGCUCUUUGAGGCCCCAACAACUCACACCAACGAGCUGGACUCGGACUUGAGUUUGUGGUUUGAGCGAGUCCAUGCAAAGGGCAGACUACAACACCAACAGCAGCAAGACUGUAAGCGACGCAAGUUGCUCGACACAAGUGCAACCAGCACGUUUCUGGACGAUUUUGAACUAUUCAGGUACCGCGACGAAAUUAAAGAACUGCGCGAAGAAGUGAUAGCCAGCCAUUAUCAGCUCUACAUUGGUAAACAGCGUGUGCGAAAUACGCUGAAUGCAUAA